UUUGACAGCUCUGAAUGUCUUGAUUUUAAAACUGGAUGUGAGAACUGUGACACUAUUUUGAAAAUGACCUACAAAAAGAAACAAGAUCCUAUCAAAAACAUAAAAAGUAAAAAAAUGCGAAGCCUCGCAAAGCAGUUAUUUCAUUACAAAGAAUUAUGAGAUGGCAUGUAAAACCAGUCAAUUUCAAGUGUCAAGUUGUUGUCAAAAGCGGUCCAAACAAGUAUAUUUUUGUCUAUUUUUUUUCUAAUUUGUAUAAAAUGAUGGACGAAGAAAAUAUGAAACAGGAAAGCGUCGCGGUGAUAAAAAGCAAGUUCAAGUUGUACUCUAGCGGGGCAAAAUUGAUCAUGGAACCGAUUCCGAUUCUGGAGGAAGAUCUGUCGGUAGACGAAUGCGAUAGUAAACAUCUGCUUAUGAGGAAUACGGAAUCUUUUACGUGUUUGAGGCAGUUAGUGAUAUCCAGUAGUUCUAUAACGAAAAACAGAUUAUUUUUGUUUCCUCCAUUGGAAGAUCCUGGUAUUACAGCUACGUUUAAUUUCGAAGAUCCAACUCCGGAUAUAGAUGAUAUUGGAGUCGAGGCAUAUAAAAGAAUGUGCAAGGAAAUGGAAAUUGUUCCAAUAUCUCGAGUAAUAAAAUCGUUAGCAACAGACACUCUUGAUUUAAAGUAUUAUGGACUAACUUCCAAACAGUUUAAAGCAUUAACUGAAACACUAAAACCAAACUCGCGUGUAACAAACCUAAUUCUUGAAGAUAAUUGGUUGAACGUAGAAAUGGUAUCUAUGCUGUGCGACACCAUUGUUGAAAACACUGCUCUGCACUAUUUAAGCUUGAGAGAAUGUAGAAUUGGAGAGGAAGGGGCUGAAAAAUUAGGAAAGGUCUUAGCCAGCCUCCAGUCGAUAAAAUCGUUGGACCUGAGCUUCAACGAUAUAGGCGACCAUGGACUCCUACAUCUUCAAAACGGACUGUCAGAAAAUAUGUCACUGAAAAAACUGAAUAUCAGCCACAACAACCUAACCGAAGCAUCCGGCGAAGCCUUAGAGAAAAUACUUAUGGCAAACAAGUAUAUCGAAGAUAUCGAUUUAUCCUGGAGCGGAUUUUUUACGACGCAAUGCAACAAGAGACUAUUUAAUGCUUUGACUAGAAGCAACAGGAUUAAAGUAUUGAAUUUGGCCUGGAACGGAAUAGGAGAUCCACAGGCUGCCAGACCAAUCUCUAGGUACAUACGAGCGACGGAUACUUUAGAGGAGUUGGAUCUAAGCAACAACAGAUUAGUUGAUGAGUCUCUGGGAGUGAUUCGUGGUGCAAUAUUGAAGAACCGCUCUUUAAAAAUUGUUAGAAUAGGCAAUAAUAUUUACACGCCUGACGAUGCCCAUUCCUUACUAACAGUUUUAGUGUCAAAAGGAAAGGAUCCGGAAGAUCCCCUAAAAGUACUAGACAUGGAAAAUAUGUACAUAAAUAAAACAUCUAAACCAGUUUUAUUAAAAAUUAUUGCUACUGGCAAAACAGUAAAACUAGGCGGAAUAUUGAGCGAUUAUGAAAUAAAAGGUCCAAACGUACACAAACUAAUAUACGACAGAUGUAGAUAUAUUUUAAUGAAACCCAAGAGGAAAAAAGCCAAAAAGGACUUUGGUCAUUUCAUUUUGUCUCUGCCCGACAUUCCCAUCAUCCCUGAUGAGUUUUUCAAAGUGAUGAAGAAGCUGAAAAUAAAGAAGUUGGACGAUGCCCUUGUGAAAGGUCUAAUGGAUUUGUAUCCGACGAAAAAUCAUGAAAUUAACUGCCCAGAGUUGGUUAAGGAUUAUAUGAGUCUCUAUCCAGAAACUGAGUUGCCACCUGCGAAGCCCAAAAAGCAGAAAAAGGCAAAGGCAUCUAAGAAACAGAAGAAACCGGAGGAAGAACUGAUGGUACACGAUUUGGAAAAUGCCCCAACAACGGAUGAGGCGGAUAAUAAGGAAGAAAAUUAUAAUCAGUCGCAGUUAAAUCUACCAGCAACAAGCCCCAGUGACCAACGUUUUCAACAGCACAGCAGAUUGAAUGCAAAUUUUUCCAAGCAACACGUCUCCAAUAUGGAUCCUCCAGCACAUCAAUCUAUGACCAAUGUAGAUCCUUCAGUAAAUAGAUCUAAGGUAGAAAUCAUUGCCAAAUCCAACACAGAACUGAAUAACCAAGCCGAAUGAUUUUAAACGAUGAAAUAUUACGUACAAUAUAAUAUGUUAAAUACAUUUUCUUCAAAAUUUUAAUCUAUAACGAAUAUUUUCAUAGUAUUUCUAUAUCGAUAUUACCAUAUCAUUAUGAUCAAAUAAAAAGAAUAUUACAACUGAAGCCCCACGUUGGG